AUGGUGCGCUCUAUGGUGAAGCCCGACUCCACGUUCCACCAUGCCAAAAUAGUACACUUCAACCAAAUUCAAGGAAAGCCCAGAACACCCAACUUGAAAUAUAUUAUUCCAGGGAUCAUAUCAACAAUACUCCCGGUGGCCUCUGUAUCAAUGUUCAUACCGCGCAAGAAAAGGAAAGUGGAAGUUGCAACAAAGACUGCCUCAUUACCUCGACUUCUUUGGAGAAGAGUUUCACACCUUGAACUUCUGAGGGAGACGAAUGGAUUUGAUGAAAGCAACUUACUUGGCACUGGUGGUUUUGGCUCAGUAUAUAAAGGUACAAUUUCAUAUGGGAUAGAUGUUGCUGUAAAGGUUUUCAAUUUACAGCUUGAAGGGGCUUUCAAGAGUUUUGAUAAUGAAUGUGAAGUGCUGAGCAAUAUUCGUCAUCGAAAUCUUAUCAAAAUCAUGAUCAGUUGUUGCAGUCAGAUUGAUUUCAAAGCCCUAGCACUGCAAUACAUGCCUAAUGGGAGCCUUGACAAUUGGUUGAAUAUAAUGAUAGAUGUUGCGUCAGCAUUGGAAUACCUUCAUCAUGGUCAUGGUUAUUCAGAGCAAGUUGUCCACUGUGAUGUGAAGCCAAACAAUAUACUGCUAGAUGAUGAUAUGGUUGCACAUGUUGCUGAUUUUGGCAUUGCAAGACUCUUAGGUGGGGGAGAUUCUAUGACCCAAAUCAUGACCCUAGCCACAAUUGGGUAUAUGGCUUCAGGUGAUAGUUUGGAAUGGAAGGAAUUGUUUCAACAAGCGGAUGUGUAUAGCUUUGGUAUUGUAAUGAUGGAGACAUUCACAAAAAGGAAGCCAACAGAUGAGAUGUUUGUUGGGGAAAUGAAUUUAAAGAAAUGGAUUGCAAAUUCAUUGUUUCCAUAUGCUGCAAUAGUUGAAGCUGUGGAUGGCAAUUUGCUUGGGACCGAGGAAGAUCAUGAUAUUGUGAGCAGGAGGGAUUGCUUAUCAUCCAUUAUGAGAUUAGGGCUAGCUUGUUCUGCAGAAUUGCCCAAAGAGAGGAUUAACAUGCAAGAUGUGGUUGCCACACUCAAUAAAAUCAAGAUUAAGUUUUUAAAGGACUGUGGAGGAGUGCAUGAAUGA